AUGUUUCAAUCACGGGCGCUUGCUCCGCAGCAGCAGGCCGUUGACUGGAAAUCCAGCGCCUUUGCACGCUCUGUCGUUCAGCGGACGGACCACGUCGCCCGCAUGUGCUGCCGCCACCUGAUGCGUCCUGAAGGCGUUGGAGACGUUCGCCAAAGGCCUUUGUGCGCGCUGUCACUCUGCCCUCGAUGCAUGGACGAGCUGAUGCCGAUCGCAUGGAAGACCAAACUUUUAGAUGAACCAGUUAGGCAUCAAAUAAGAAUACUGUGGACAAAUCCUGGGCUUAAGAUGGAAGUUGAGACAAAUAAGAAUGGUGAUAUCAACUACGAGAAAUGGAAAAUGGCAGAGAUUUAA